AUCCCCAUGAAAAAAACUUAGUGAUCAGAAGGAACAAGAAGAUGGGGGACCUCAACAACCAUACACACUUUCAAGUUCAUUAACACCAUUCACGAGCUCAGAGAGAGAAGCAGCCAUGGCGAAGAUGGUCGUGUUGCAGCAGCACCAGCCUUCUUUCUCUCCCCUUUCGGCUUCUCUCUCUGACUUCAAUGGAGCCAAGCUCAAUCUCCGAGUCCAGUAUAAGAGGAAGGCCUACAAGCCAAAAGGAGCACUUCAUGUUUCAGCAUCGAGUGCCAAGAAGAUUCUGAUAAUGGGCGGUACCCGAUUCAUUGGCGUGUUCUUGUCCAGGCUCCUCAUGAAAGACGGUCACCAGGUUACUCUGUUUACAAGAGGUAAAGUUCCUAUUGCCAAGCAAUUGCCGGGUGAAUCUGAUGAAGACUUUGCUGAUUUUUCGUCCAAGAUUCUUCAUUUGAAAGGAGACAGAAAGGACUAUGAUUUUGUGAAAUCCAGCCUCGCAGCAGAAGGCUUUGAUGUUGUCUACGAUAUUAACGGAAGAGAAGCUGAAGAAGUUGCCCCCUUACUGGAUGCUCUGCCUAAACUAGAACAGUAUAUCUACUGUUCUUCAGCCGGUGUUUACUUGAAAUCCGAUCUCUUGCCACACUGUGAGACCGAUGCAGUUGACCCGAAGAGCAGGCACAAGGGGAAGCUAGAGACCGAGAGCUUGUUGGAAUCAAGAAAUGUCAAUUGGACUUCAAUACGUCCUGUCUAUAUUUACGGUCCAUUGAACUAUAACCCGGUGGAAGAAUGGUUCUUCCACCGCCUUAAAGCCGGUCGCCCAAUUCCAGUUCCAAACUCGGGAAUUCAGAUCACCCAACUCGGUCAUGUUAAGGACUUGGCAACGGCCUUUCAGAUCGUUCUUGGCAACGAGAAAGCCAGCAGAGAAGUAUUCAACAUCGCCGGAGAGAAGUACGUUACCUUUGAUGGGCUGGCAAGAGCGUGUGCUAAGGCCGGUGGAUUCCCAGAACCAGAGAUCGUUCACUACAACCCGAAAGAGUUCGACUUUGGAAAGAAGAAGUCUUUCCCAUUCCGCGAUCAGCAUUUCUUUGCAUCGGUGGAGAAAGCAAAGCAUGUGUUGGGAUGGAAACCCGAGUUCGAUCUGGUGGAGGGCCUCACCGAUUCAUACAACCUCGAUUUUGGCCGCGGAACUUACCGGAAAGACCCCGAUUUCACCACCGACGACAUGAUUCUCGGCAAGAAACUUGUUCUUCAAUCCUGAAAAUGUCCAUACAACAUUCUCAGCAGCUCAUUAUGUUUGUAUUGUAUGUAUCUGUCUUUUCAUCACUAGAGAUUUUCAAGCGAGCUUUCAUGUUAUUGUUAUUUUCUUUCUUUGUCAUGACUGCUUUUGUAUCUGAUGACGUUGCCUAAAGCUUUGAUAAUGCUUUUGAAUCUCUGAAAACUGAAAA